AUGGCUCAGUACACCCUCCCGCAAAUAUCCUCCAUCCCCUCGCUUUCCACAGACGAACGAGCCGAAGUUCUGUCCCACCUCUUUGAACCAUGUGACGCCUUAAACACUUUAGUCGUCUCCCAACUUGGGAACACUACAUUCACAUCAUACAGUGAUUUGAUAUCACACGUUCAUAAUGAAUUAUUAAGACUCAAGGAUUCCCCGUCAACAUCGGAUACGGAAUGGCUCUUGAAGAUUCUAUCCGCUCAUCCGCGCCUAGGUGCUAAGAAGGUUGACUCUGCACAUUCAAGGAGUGAGCAGGCGAGCCUGGGCGGGCCGACGGAGGCAGCUGAACUCGAGAGGUUGAAUAAUGAAUAUGAAGAGAAGUUUCCAGGUACGCAUGCGCAAUACAACUACUUUUCCUUUUCUUGA